CAUGUGUCUAUGAAAGAGCACGAGGAAAUGAUCCAGCACCGCGCUGCUUUCCUAAUCCAUCGUGUACGUACCUGCUACGCGCGGCCGCUUUUGUGUGGCAGAUGCACUUAACACACAGGGUUGGUGAAUGCCUGGAAUGGUGAUCUGCAGCCGUUGCGGACAUCAGAGGGCCGAGGGCGCACCGCAACGCGACAGACAGGUCGCGUCGCGAACAGAGGAAGCGACGCCCCCCGGACCCGGAGGGGGAGAGCACCCUGUACACCCUGUCGACGGCGAGGAGUGCCGGAGACGGAGUGUGUUGGUUUCGCUGGUUUGGCUAGGCCCUCCCUGCUCCCUCGCGCACUCAUCGCGGGCCGCCCCUGCUGCUAUCCGGACGCCGGGCUCCGGAGCAUAGGAGGCCGGCUGAUUCGGCGCCACCGCGGCGGCGGCGCGUCUCCGCAGCUCGCACUUGCAGGCGUGGCCGCGUGGGGGCAGACUAGCGAGCCGCUGAUGCUGAGGCGCCGCAGCGUGCGUACAGCGGAGGAAAACUCGCCGCCGCCGGUCAGCAUGGCGAGUCGCGGAGGAUGGGAGUGCCUGACCGAUGGAGCAAGCGCAGGGGGUUGAGCUGAGCACGCCGCGUGGUGACUGGCCAAGGAGCUAAGCGUGCGGCGCCAUGAUACUCCAGUCACUGUGCCUUGGCUUCCUGCCAUUGCUGGACGCCGUCGGCGGCUUGGUAUCCACUCUUCACAGCUCCAUUGCCCUCCAUAGCCCGAGUCACGGUGGGCAGUUCAUCCAUGGCGUCGGUAAAAAUGAGGAAACAGAGGCGCCAAAAUCCAACCACGCCGUCGUGGACAGCGACCCUCUCGACCUGUGGCAUCUCUGGACGGUAGAUCUGCUCGACACCAGCCACGUCCCCGUCGACCUGGUGUUCCCGUGCGCGUGCAACGUCGCCAGCGCUAGGAGGUCACAAAGAUCCCGUACGAAGCUGCAGAGGAGGAAAGGAUCCGUCUUCGGAGGCGGGAGCAGCCGUCGUGACGGCGGGUCGUUCCGGCGGCUGGUGGCGAGGCAUGAGCAGCACCUAACGUGCGCCGUGGUGGUGGCCGCGCUGCAGGUGUUCCUGCACCUGACGCGCGCCAACGCCACCACGCUGUUCCUGCCGCUGCUGUCGCAGGCCACGGGGUCCGGCCGCGGCGCCGCCCGGGUCGGCGACGCCGUGCUCGUGCUGGUGAACACCUGCGGCGUCCUCGGGUCCGCCCUCGCCGCCAGGGAGCUCGGCCGGGAGGCCAUGUGCGCCAUCGGCGGCGUCCUCAUCGUCCUCUGGCAGGUCGCGGUGCCGGCGGUGGCGGGCGGGCUGGGCGGCAGCGCGCGGAUGGCGGGCGGCCGGGCGGGCACGCGGCGGGGUUGUUCGCGGUGGCGUGCGCCGUGUCGGGCGGGUUCAGCUGGGCGUGGGGCGUUCUGGGCCGUGCCGGGCGAGGGCAUCCGGUCCGUGGGGCAGGCGGCGGGGGCGGCGCUCGGCUUCGCGCAGAUGCAGUGCUUCCUGCUCACGCUGCGCCAGCUCAAGCACGCCGCCUUCGCCUACUACGCCGUCUGGAUCUGGUCCUGACCCGGACCGGACCCGGGACCCCCCACGGGCGGCGACGGCGAUGCCCGAUGUGCGCGUGCAUGCCGCGCUGGUCCGUUGACACGCCGCAUCUCGAUCGCGGAAUAAUGGGCGGCUCGCCGGUUUGGGAACUUUAAGGAGGCUGGUCCUGGCCGAUCAUAUAUGGCAUCGUAUCCGGAGGCUAGCUGCAGCCGCCGUGCUCUUGCUCGCCGUUGACAGGGACGGACGACGGCGACCCGAGCGUAGUGGCGCCACGCUACUGCGCUCGUAUUCUUCGCACCCGUCCCGGCGGCUUCCAGGUGAUCGAUGAAGCAACGCCACGCGCAUUCGUUCUCGCCCGUGAGCGAGAGCCAAUGAACUUGGCAUGCAUCGAGACACUCUUUGUAUAAUGGGUCGCACUACAGACCGGACACAAGGAUAGAGACGUAUCCCUUUUUUUUCCUUCAUGGUGUGUGCGCUACCAUACAUUACAUGUGUAGUAUGUACAUAAUAAGGUCGAUACUCGAUCAAAGAUGUAAAAGUUUCUGAAAUUUUGAAUGCUGAAGUGAUCAGGGAUUACUCUCUUUUUUAAGGAAACA